AGUACCUACUAUAUCAUCACCAUCACCAACUUAUUUUCGUCCACCAAACAAAGGGCAAAAUAGAAGAAACAAGGUAAUUUCGGUAGGCCCUCACGGAAAUGCUCUGCAAUGCGCCAUGAUCGUCUACCACUCCUUCUCUGAGUUAUUCCUCAUCUUUUCAUCACCCUAAGAGCAUUUACGUCGUUUAUCCGCCAUGAAUGUUGCCCAUUCAUCAUGGCGCAUUUGUCCUCUUCUCCAAUCGCUUCAGCCUUGACCCGACCGCGCAUAGCCAUCGCUGUAGUUUCUGCCGUCACAACAGUGUCCUUAGGCUAUUAUUAUUACCAUGUCCAGUACAACAAUAACGGUUCCGAAUCCGAUCUCGAUCUCGCUUCUACUGGUCCCGGUUUGCACCGCCGAAAUGCCCUGAGACGACCUCGUCGGUCCUCUCAGCGUCGCGACGAUUCCUCCGAGUCCGAUUCCCAUGGUGAUGAAAAUGCCGAGACAACCACUUCCGUUCCUAAUCCAGAAUCUCACUCUCAUCCCGAUGACCAGAACCCGGAUGAAUGGUACAACGACAGCGGCCAAGCCCCGCGCCAGCGCACUGGCGAGAACAUAGUAACCCUCCUGUUCCGAGUAUCUGAGGAUAACGCGAGGCGCAAUGCCUAUGUGCACCGUGGCUGCCAGUGCAAUGGCUGCGGUAUGGUGCCCAUACGCGGUAUUCGAUAUCGAUGCGCCAACUGCGCCGACUUUGAUCUAUGCGAAGUCUGCGAAUCUCAAGGCCUACACAACAAGACCCAUGUCUUCUAUAAAGUCAAAGUACCCGCUCCGCCUUUUGGAACCCGGCAUGUACAGCCGUCUUGGUAUCCAGGUGAUCCCGACAACUCGAUACGUAACCUGCCACGAUAUCUCCUCUCUAAGUGGUCCCACGAUACAGGCUUCGAACGCGUCGAGCUUGAUGCUUUCUGGGAGCAGUGGACUUUCAUGGCCAACACCGAGUGGAGGGAUGAUCCUGACGGGCUUGGCUUGGCGAUGGACCGCAAAACGUUCGAGCGCUGCCUCGUUCCGUCUGGUGGCUACCGACAUGCAGCGCCUAACCUAAUCCAUGACCGCAUGUUUGCGUUUUAUGAUACUAACCAUGACGAUCUAAUCGGAUUCGAGGAGUUCCUACAUGGUGUUUCUUACAGGAAACGAAAAGAUAAGCUUAAAAUGACAUUUGAUGGCUACGAUAUCGACGGUGAUGGCUAUGUGAGCCGACGGGACUUUUUGCGAAUGUUCCGGGCCUAUUACGUCCUUUACAAACAGAUGCACAAGGACAUCCUCGAAGGUCUCGACGACCACAUGAUGACGACUACUGAAGCGCAGCAACUCAUCAAUGGCAGACAGCCCCUGAGCAGUUUGUUCGGCAGGGAGGGUAGGGUCCCCGCAGCUGAUCAUUCGAGGCCGAUGGAAGGCAAGAUAUUUCGAUCAAACGGAGAUGUGGAAGUCAAUGAUGGUAAAGGAGUCGUCAACGAAGAUAAGCUAGAUACGUCCGGCCGCGAGGAGAUCCUCAGCAGCCUGUUCGCUCGACACAAUAGCCCGGGUUUCUUCACCGAAUCAUUUGGGUCUUCCUCAAGGAGGCCCCAGUCCCCUAACGGAGAUACUCGCUACUGGCCAGGGAUAAUAAACCCACCACACAACACUGUUGACCUAGCAACAUUGCUCGUCGGUGAUUAUACGCAGCUUGACGACAUCCUCGAGUCCAUCCGCCAUGAAGAACGUUCUCUAGGCGAGGAUGCUGAGACAGGCUCCUCAGACGAAGACGGGCAGAGCGAACCCGAAGAUGAGGGGAUUGACGAAGUUGACGAGACCGGACAGCCUGAGAGCAAUGCGGUGGACGAGGCCACGGGCUCAUCCUCUACUCGGGCUAUUCCGGAUGCAAGCAGAUUCACCAAUACGUUACCAACAGAGAGCCAGCUUAGGGUGCAGCAUCAGGCUAUAGUUGCGAACAGUCACAACCACAGAUUAGGCGCCGACAAGCGAAAGAGGGUGCUUGCAAGAAGACAGCUGCUUGAAAGAUGGAAGCGACGCCAAUUCUAUCUAGACGAGGAAGAAGGCGCCUUACCCCCACAGGGAUGGGACGAGAACCAGGAUGUGCUGCUAAAUUUGAACGGUAUCGGUGAAUCAUCCAAGUCGGCGCCUCACUUUCUCUCUCCGCGGUCGAGAUCAUCUUCCAAGGUACGGUUCGCUGAAGACGCGGAUGAUUAUGAGACUCGCUCCAACCCAUCCACCUCUUCUCGAAGCGUACCGGAGAGAUGGGGUGGGAUGGAGAUCCCAGACGCGGAGCGAGACGCGGGGAAGGAAAUACUUUAUCAAAUAACGCAGCAAGCAUUUAACGAGCUGCUAGACGAGAUCUUCAAAAAGAAAGAGGACCUCGCCGUCCAGGCCGCAGAAACCAAGAAACUGCGCGAAAAGCACCAUAAACUCAUAGAUACCGUCAACCUCGAAGAUGAAGACGAUGAUUCCGAAAAUCGGCCGCCCCACGAGCCUGAGCAUCAGACGCACGAUUCGGACCGGAGCCAUCCUAUCUCGGACCAGAGCUUACCUGAAUUGCUUUCGACUAGCGGUUACACAAUUCGUUCUCCCGAGUCGGAACAUCUAACUGCGGAAACACCAAGCGACGACGACAAGGCACUGCCUAUUUUUGAAGAGGGGGCCGCCCUGGAGGACGCCGAAACUUCUUCGGAGUCAUCAGAUCAUCGUGAUCCUACCCUGCCCCAGAAUCGUCCCAAUAGCGUCCAGCGGACCUCACCUAACGGACCCACCUCUCGAGCGGCUGAAGCCAAGCCUAAAGGCAAAAUGCCCAUUAAUGGCUCUGGACUACCCGAAAACGCUCGGGUUGCCGAGACGAAAAUCCUCGAACCUGAGCCGUCAGCCGAGAUACCACACUCUACGCUCGUGACAUGGAAGCGACUCAACCUCGCAGAACAGGAAGCAAGAGAAAGGGGCGGUUGGGGGAGACUGAGCUAUAAGGAGUUCGAGGAGAUAUACCGGGAGCAUGAAAUCCAGGACAGCAGUCGCAAUCGGCUUGAUUACCUGGGCAGCUGGAUUGACUUCUGCAUUCCUUAGGAUAAUGUGCUUGAGGAGUCACUUCGCCAUUUCCGAUACUGCUCUUCUCGGAAUAGGAACUAGU